AUGUCGAAUUCGACCACCAGUGAUGAUCAGUCGAUCGAAAAAGUCGGCGACGCUGCUGUGCAUCUCGAGUCGGGAUCAAGUCGCCGCGAUCCUUCAAUCACAGGCAAGCGAUGGAUGUACCGGCCAUUGAAGAUCUGGUUCCUGGAACUGCCGUACAUCGCAUCCCCCGAAGCCCAGUUGCUCCUCGUCUCCUUUGUCUGCUUCCUGUGUCCCGGCAUGUUCAAUGCGAUCAGUGGCCUGGGAGGAGCCGGUCAGUUGGAUCCGCAUGACGUUAACAACGCCAAUACAGCCCUAUACAGCGCCUUCGCCGUGGUUGGUUUCUUCGCUGGCUCGAUCGCCAACCGUAUCGGCCUCAAGCUAUGCCUCUCCUUUGGUGGCUUUGGCUACUUUCUUUACGUCGCCUCCCUCCUUUCCUACAAUCACAACAGAAAUGCGGGCUUCCUGAUUUUCUCUGGCGCCUUGCUUGGGGUUUGCGGUGGUCUCUUGUGGUGUGCCCAAGGCGCCGUCAUGAUGAGUUACCCACAUGAGCAUGAAAAGGGCAGAUUCAUCGCCCUCUUUUGGGUGAUCUUUAACCUUGGUGGAGUCAUUGGGGCUUUGGUAAGGACGCCCAAGUCCUUACAGACUGAAGAUCAGAACCUUCACUCCAAUUCUGGCAAAGUAAACGAUGGUACCUAUAUCGCCUUUAUGGUCCUCAUGGCGCUUGGCUUUGUUCUCGCAUGGGCUCUCCUCGACACAAAAUAUAUCAAGCGUCAGGACGGCUCCCGUGUCAUUGUGAUGAAACAUCCCACAUGGCAGUCUGAGUUCAAGGGCCUGCUGCAGACUCUCCGCACCGACUACUACAUUGUUCUCUUCUUCCCCAUGUUCCUGGCCAGCAACUGGUUCUACCCAUAUCACUUCAACAGUGUCAACGGCGCCUACUUCAACAUCCGCACCCGGUCUCUCAACAGUCUUCUGUACUGGCUCAUGCAGAUGGUAGGCGCGUUCGUCUUUGGAAGGAUUCUUGACUUCAAGGGCUUCUCCCGCUCAAUACGCGCAAGGGUUAUUUUCGCUCUGCUCUUUGCUAUCACCAUGGGAACCUGGGGAGGUGGCUAUGUUUUCCAGAGGACCUACACCCGGGCCACGGUCACCCCAACGAUGGACUUUACCGAUAGCGGCUACAUCGGGCCCAUGUUCCUGUACAUGUUCUAUGGGUUCUACGAUGCUGCUUUCCAGACCUGUGCUUAUUGGUUCAUGGGUUCUCUCACUAACAACAGUCGCAAACUGGCCAAUUUCGCCGGAUUCUACAAGGGAAUCCAAUCUGCAGGUGCCGCAGGAAUGUGGCGACUGGACGCUGAAAACACAGCAUUCAUGGUCGAGUUCGCCUCGUGCUGGGGUAUCCUAGCCGGCAGCCUUCUGAUCGCGUCUCCUGUCAUCUUCUUCCGGAUCAAAGACUCGGUCGACGUGGAAGAAGACCUCAAGUUCUCCGACGAGACCGCCCAGGAUGUCGUCGGCGAGACCGCGACAGCCACUGAGACUCACGGGCUUCCGCCGAGUGAUAGCAUCACUGAGAUCCAGUCAUAA